AUGAACGCAGAAGUUGUCGCCUUGGAGGCGGAAGUGAAGGAAUUCAAAAUACAGCUUGAAGCUGUACAAUCGAGCUUGCAGGUAGAUCCAGACAAUUCGGAACUGCAGGGCCUGAAGACUGAACUUGAAGAAUUCAUAUCCCUCACGGAGCAAUCCAUCUCGGAAUUGCGGCCUACGCAACCGAAGUCGAAACCCUCCCCUCCUCCUGUCAAAGAGAAAUGGUCAAAAGAGAACCACCCAGCAUACCAAGCGGGCUACAAAAAGCCUACCGUCGAACCUGCGCCACUCGAGGAAUCUCAGCCAUCACCUCCCGUAUCCUUCUCCGUAAACGAUAAUGUCCUGGCACGGUGGGCAUCGGGAGAUAAUUCAUUCUACCCGGCCCGCAUUACAUCUAUUACUGGCUCAUCCACGAACCCCAUAUAUAUAGUUUCCUUCAAGUCAUACGGAACUACUGAAACUUUGACGGCAAAGGACAUCAAACCUAUUUCUGACACGCGAAAACGCAAGGCUGAUGGCAUGCCAGGCACCUCAUCUCCGCAGACUGUCCCUGCCAAUUCCAGUGUGAUUUCUGCAGCGGCUGAUAUCAAUCCUGCCCUGGCCAACCAGGCGCGCAAAGAGCCAAAUAAAGUCAGCGACGGCCCCCCGCGCCCAGCUAAGAUGCCCCGGAAAGUCAAAGCCACAAGGGAGCUCGAGGCCGGGAAGUCGAAAUGGCAGGACUUUGCGGCCAAGAGUAAGAUGGGGAAGGCUGGGAAGAAGGAGAGCAUGUUUCGCACACCUGAAGGCAUCAACGCACGAGUUGGUUUUACCGGUUCUGGUCAACAAAUGCGCAAGGAUCCUGCGAGAAGUCGACAUAUCUAUCAACAAGCCGAAGACGAUUAUUGA